AUACUUCGCCUACUCUCAAUCCUGAAGUUGACUCCGCUUGUUGCCUCCAUGAUCUCUUCCAUUGUUCAUUGUUGUCGCCCAUUACUCCUUCCUUCUGCAGAUCUAGUUUUUGCCUUCAGUGGAGUAGUUUCUUCCAUCUAAUUCAGCUUUGGAGCGCUGGAAGUUGGAAAGUUUGCAUUUUUUUCUGUUGCUUGUCGCUGGUUAGGAGCCGGAGUCUGCUUCCUCUUUGCUGCGUUGCCGUGGGAUAAGGGGGAUGGAGAACUACCUGAACGAGAACUUCGGGGGAGUGAAGGCGAAGAACUCGGAGGAGGAGGCGCUGAGGCGAUGGCGGAAGCUCUGCAGUGUCGUCAAGAACCCCAAGCGCAGGUUUCGUUUCACCGCCAACCUAUCCAAGCGCUCCGAGGCCGAGGCCAUGAAGAAAACCAACCAGGAGAAAUUGCGGAUUGCUGUUUUGGUUUCAAAAGCUGCACUUCAGUUCAUACAUGGAAUUGCUUUACGAAGUGAAUAUGUAGUACCUGAAGAGGUCAGUGCAGCAGGUUUUCAGAUUUGUGCUAAUGAAUUGGGAUCUAUUGUUGAAGGCCAUGAUGUGAAGAAGCUGAAGAUGCAUGGUGGUGUUGAAGGGAUCAUAAAUAAGCUUAAUGCGUCUACGACUGAUGGGCUUUCUACCACUGGCAACAAGUUAAAGAAGAGGCAGGAGAUUUAUGGUGUAAAUAAGUUCACUGAAAGUGCAGUUCGGAGUUUUUGGGUAUUUGUUUGGGAAGCACUUCAGGACACUACAUUGAUAAUUCUUGCGGUGUGUGCCUUUGUCUCUCUAAUUGUUGGAAUUGCAAUGGAAGGAUGGCCAAAAGGUGCCCACGAUGGCCUUGGAAUCGUUGCGAGCAUCCUAUUGGUUGUGUUUGUGACUGCUACUAGUGACUACAGGCAGUCCUUACAGUUCAAGGAUUUGGAUAAGGAGAAAAAGAAGAUUUCUAUCCAAGUGACACGAGAUGGUUUCAGACAGAAGAUUUCCAUUUACGAUCUUGUUCCUGGUGAUAUUGUGCAUUUAUCGAUCGGAGAUCAAGUCCCUACUGAUGGUCUUUUUAUAUCUGGAUAUUCCUUGUUGAUCAAUGAAUCAAGUCUAACAGGUGAGAGUGAACCUGUUUCUGUUAAUGCAGCGUACCCUUUUCUUUUAUCUGGGACUAAAGUCCAAGAUGGGUCAUGCAAAAUGUUAGUAACCACUGUUGGCAUGCGAACCCAAUGGGGUAAGCUGCUUGCUACGCUUAGCGAAGGAGGAGAUGAUGAAACUCCAUUACAAGUCAAACUGAAUGGAGUUGCAACUAUCAUUGGAAAAAUUGGUUUGUUUUUUGCAGUUAUAACAUUUGCUGUGCUAGCUCAGAGACUUGUUGCUCGAAAAUACCAGGAAGACUUGUUAUCGAGCUGGUCUGGUGACGAUGCACUGGAGCUGCUCGAGUUUUUUGCAAUUGCAGUCACUAUCGUUGUGGUUGCAGUUCCUGAAGGACUUCCCUUGGCUGUGACAUUGAGCCUUGCUUUUGCAAUGAAGAAGAUGAUGAAUGACAAGGCACUAGUUCGCCACCUCGCAGCUUGUGAGACUAUGGGCUCAGCUACAACAAUCUGCAGUGACAAAACUGGAACACUAACAACUAACCAUAUGACUGUGGUGAAAGCCUGUAUUUGCAGAAAUGUUGUGGAAGUCAGUUCUGAGAAAGAUGGUAAUGUGAGUUCCCAUAUAGUAGACGUUGUGCGAAAAACUCUUCUCCAGUCCAUUUUCAACAACACUGGUGGUGAGGUUGUGAUCAAUCAAGAAGGAAAGCUUGAAAUCCUGGGAACACCCACAGAAGCUGCACUGUUGGAAUUUGGUCUAUCACUUGGUGGAGACUUUCAUGCUCAAAGACAGGAAACAAAGCUCGUCAAAGUUGAGCCCUUUAAUUCCACAAAGAAGAGAAUGGGAGUAGUUCUUCAACUUCCCGAAGCAGGAUAUCGUGCCCACUGCAAAGGUGCUUCUGAAAUUAUUUUGUCUGCUUGCAACAGUUAUGUAGAUUCUGCAGGCAAUGUCGUACCUCUUGAUGAUGACGCAAUCAAUCAUCUUAAGAGCACCAUUGAUAGCUUUGCCAGAGAAGCUCUUCGGACUCUAUGCCUUGCUUACAAGGAACUUGGCGAUAACUUCUCUGCCAAAGAGCAAAUGCCGUUAGAAGAAUAUACAUGCAUAGGAAUUAUAGGAAUUAAGGAUCCUAUUCGUCCAGGCGUGAAGGAGUCUGUUGCAACUUGUAGGGCUGCUGGGAUUAUUGUUAGAAUGGUUACUGGUGACAACAUAAAUACCGCAAAAGCAAUUGCCAGGGAAUGUGGUAUCCUCACUGAUGAUGGUAUUGCUAUAGAAGGUCCAGAAUUCCGAGAGAAGAAUUUGGAAGAGCUGAAUGAAUUGAUUCCAAAGAUUCAGGUCAUGGCUAGAUCGUCGCCAAUGGAUAAGCAUACCUUAGUUAAGCAUUUGCGGACCUUGUUCCACGAAGUUGUUGCCGUGACUGGUGAUGGCACAAAUGAUGCCCCUGCACUCCAUGAGGCAGAUAUUGGACUUGCAAUGGGCAUAGCAGGAACUGAGGUAGCUAAAGAAAGUGCCGAUAUCAUAAUUCUGGACGACAAUUUCUCAACAAUAGUGACUGUAGCAAAGUGGGGACGGUCCAUAUAUGUCAACAUUCAAAAGUUUGUGCAAUUUCAGCUCACUGUUAACGUGGUUGCUCUAAUUGUUAACUUCUCGACGGCAUGUUGGUCAGGAAGUGCUCCACUCACAGCUGUUCAACUACUUUGGGUAAACAUGAUUAUGGAUACUUUGGGAGCAUUAGCAUUAGCAACUGAGCCACCAAAUGAUGACUUAAUGCAAAGAACACCAGUUGGAAGGACUGGGAAAUUCAUCACCAAUACAAUGUGGAGAAACAUCUUGGGACAAUCAAUCUAUCAGUUUAUUAUCAUGUGGUGUCUCCAGACACAAGGAAAAGAGUUAUUUAGGCUCAGUGGCCCUGAUGCUGAUCUCACACUCAACACAAUUACAUUCAAUUCCUUUGUUUUCUGCCAGGUGUUCAAUGAGAUCAGCUCAAGAGAGAUGGAGAAGAUAAAUGUAUUCAAGGGCAUCUUGCAGAAUUAUGUCUUUCUAUGUGUGCUUAUGAGCACCAUCAUCUUCCAAUUCGUCAUUGUCCAGUUCCUCGGUGACUUUGCGAACACGACGCCACUUACAGCGGCGCAAUGGCUCGUGACUGUUUUCAUUGGAUCCGUAGGAAUGCCAAUUGCUGCACUCUUCAAGCUGUUACCCGCAAGAUCCUGUUAGAGGUCAUGCAACAGGAGGUAAUUGAAUACAAGUAAAUUUAGAUGCUGUUGUGGAAUUUAUCCAUUCCCUUAAUUUUUCAACAAAUGAGAAUUGACAGAGCAAUUUUAGCUCUAAACUCUUCAGUCGUUUAGAUUUUCUUGUUCUUUU